CGGGAACUUUAGGGGGAGGUAGGCGCAGGUGGCGCGUGACCAUGGGGCCUCUCCGCCGCGCGCGACCACAGCACUGAUGUUUGAACAGGAAGCUUCAAAACUUUUUUAAAAAAACUUCAGAAUGGCUCUGAACCAGACAAGCUAGAAGUCGCUCCAGAGCACCGCCUUCAGCAUGCAUUUCCCCGGCCCAGCUUCCCUGGCAAGGAGCUCUUGGAAGGGGUCAUUCUGCAGAGGGCCAGAGAGCUGAUGCUCACGGAACCUGAUUGGUGGAUUUGACUUUUCUGAUAAAAUUCUCUUACUUGAUUAUAUUGUCUCCCAGAGGCCUGAGAGGCGUGCCGGUCUUCACGGGGACCCAAGGGUCUGCAAGGAAGGGAAGUAGCAGUUUCAUGCUGAAUGAAAACUAAGCAAGUAGCCUUUGGGACUGGAAACACCGACCUCCCACAUCUGGAUUCACUGGAUUGGGGACGCGGAGGAACUGUCACUGCUGGGGAGAAAGAGGCGAGACUGGAAAAGAAAACCCAAAUAAAGAGAAUGAGGGCCCCCGGAGAGUAAAUGGCCGCCUCCGACUCAACAGAGACGAAGUCAGCGUCCUGGUGGAGUUACUUUUUCCUUUAUGAUGGUUCAAAGGUGAAGGGCGAAGGCGACCCGACCAGAGCUGGCAUCUGUUACUUUUAUCCCUCGCAGACCCUGAUCGACCAACAGGAGUUGCUCUGUGGACAGAUCGCCGGGGUCGUCCACUGUAUCUCCGACAUUUCUGGCUCUCCCCUAACCUUUGUCCGUCUGCGGAAACUUAAGUUCGCCAUAAAGGUUGACGGCGAUUAUCUUUGGGUGCUGGGCUGUGCUGUGGAGCUCCCUGAUGGCAGCUGCAAGCAGCUCCUGGACCAGCUCAUCGGAGUCUUCACUUUUUACAACGGACCUGUUUCUCUGGCUUACGAGAGUGGCUCCCGGGAGGAACUGAGUGCCGGGUGGGACACCUUCAUUGAACAGAUUCUGAGCAACACCAGUGACCUGCAUAGGAUAUUCAACUCCCUCUGGAACCUGGACCGAACCAAGGUGGAGCCCCUGUUGUUGCUGAAGGCGGCCCUCAUUCUGCAGACCUGCCAACGCUCGCGCCACGUUCUAGCUGGCUGCAUCCUCUACAAGGGACUGAUCGUUAGCACCCAGCUGCCACCCUCCCUCACGGCCAAGGUCCUGUUCCAUCCAGCUGCACCUCGGGACCAGGAACCACCUCCAGGAGGGGACGCCCUGCAGGAAGGCGGAGCGGCACUUCCUCCAGAUGUCCAAAUCAGGCCUGUGUUCGUGACGGAAGGGGAAGCUGUCAGUCUCCAUGAGUUCCCCAGGGAGCCUGUGACCAGCGCUCCUGCAUCUGCAGCCAGACUCCAGGAGCCCUCCGCCCAGCGCCCUCCAAAGGGUUGGAGCACACCUGCCCCGAAAGAAAACAACCCUGGGCACACGGAAGCCAUGGCCUGGGAGCUGGCGACCACCCCUGAGCCCACGUCCCCUAACACAGUUUGGCCAGAUGGCAGCGGGGAGAACGGACACUGGUAUGGCCGUGACUGGGAGAGCGUCGGGCCCGCAAAACCGCGCCACUCUGCCCGGGGCCGGGGGCCUGGUCUCAGCCGCGCCCUGGUGAAGGAACCUGGUUUGUCCUGGGGCAAGGAGGAACUGGACUUGUCUGAAAUCCACAUUCCAGAAGCUCAGGAAACGGAAACCUCCUCAGGUUAUUCUGACUUCCCAUGCGUGCGUGCCCCAGAGGGCGCCGAUCCUGGCUGCGAGGAGUCCGGCAGUGACUCUGGCAGCCCCGAGCCCAAGUCACCCAAGGCCCCGCCCGUGGGCACAGCCAUCGGUGGCCUCCUCCCUCCCUCUGCUCCUGAGAUGCUUGUGCAGAAUGGAGCCCAAGAAAGACUUGGACACCUCUCUGGUGACAGCAGCCAAGCCCCUGUUCCCGGGGAAGACCACCCCCCUGCAAGGACGAGCGGGCCGCUGCCAGCGUGUUGCUCAGACUCGGGGCAGACAGGGACGGAGCUGCCUGUGGGGGGCCAAGGGGAGGAGCAGUGCGAUGACGGGGGUCCUGAGAGCCGCCCAGGCCCCGGCCCUGAAUGCGACUCGGGCUCGGCAGACCCUCCUGGCGACAGUCCCUCUGCGGACAGAACCGACUCCAGGUCGGCCCCGACAUCCAGCGUGGGCCUCGUGCGGAUGAACCUCUACACUCACUGCGUUAAGGGACUGGUGCUGUCCCUGCUGGCCGAGGAGCCACUGCUGGGAGACGGCGCGGCCAUCGAGGAGGUGUACCACGGCAGCCUGGCCUCCCUCAACGGGCUGGAGGUGCACCUGCAGGAGACGCUGCCCCAGGACCAGGCUGCCCCUGCGCCCCCGGGCAGAGCCUACAGCUUCACGCACUACGACCGCAUCCAGAACGUGCUGACAGCCAACCUGCCCCAGGUGGCCACAGCCCAGGACCGCCGCUUCCUCCAGGCCGUCAGUCUGAUGCAUUCUGACUUCGCCCAGCUGCCCACGCUGUACGAGGUGACCGUCAGCGAGUCCUGCGCGCUCAUGAUCGAAACACCCAGACUUCUCCCCAGUCUACCAGGAACGCCUCCACGGCUGUGUACGCCUGCUGCAACCCCGUCCAGGAGACCUACUUCCAGCAGCUGGCGCCGGUGGCGCGGGGCUCCGGCUUCCCGAGUCCGCAGGACGGCGCCUUCGGCCUCCCGGGCAAGGCCAGGCAGAAGCUGCUGAAGCACGGGGUGAACCUGCUUUGAACCGUGCCCGCGGUGGGAGGCUCGUCACCCCAGCAGACGACUGUCAAACCGAAUCCCAGCAAAGGAUGCUCUGCCUUGUUAAGUGGAAAAGUUCCCUUUGAUCUUCCCUGGCAUAUCCCCCUCUUUUAGGAAUGUAAUAUUUGAGUGUGUGUUACUCCUUCUGCAGGUUGGGGUUUGAGGGGGUCGGUCUUCCGGUCUGCAGACCUAGAGCACUUGGCAAAGAACUUGAUGACGUGGGUGGCACUGGGGCCAGGGCGGGCGCCUCGGCUCCUCACACUGAAGUGACACAGGGCCGCUGAGGUCCCCUGUGAGCUAAGCCUGAGGCACCUGACAUUUCUUGCUGCUGUUCCAGCCUCGCCUUGACUGGUACCACACAAAUCCAGGCUGAUGUUUCCUCCAGAACCGAGUGAUCUCUAAUCUGGGGUGUCUCUCCUGCCCUGUCUCCAGGGGGCCAGUCUGAGAUGGCCAGGAGAUGGAUUUGUCAGCAAGCAGACCGGAACUCCCACUGCUUGGAGUGUCUUCAGAGCGGUCCCCUGGGGAGGCCUGGGUGCCUAGUGCAGGGAAGCAGCCAGGGAUGCUGAAACCAGCUGCCUUGUCUGAAUUCUUCUGGAACUAUAUUCAAAACGAGGGGUCUGCUCUUUGGCUUACCUGCGGUGGGGGCAAAUCUCGCUGGCGUGGAAGGGUUUUGGGGUUUAGAGGUAACUGAGCGCCCUGGGGUGCCGAGCCCGGAGAACUGGGUGAUGGCAGAGCAGGCGGUGCCCCUCGGUGGGAAGCGGCUGUGAUGCUGGCUCCCCCCGAGCGAGCGUCCCAAACAGGAGUGUCCAGAGGGCUCAGUGCUUUUCAAUGGUGGCUGCGUGGGAGGGAGCAGCGCUGGUUUGUUUCUGGGCCGGGGUAGCACGUGGAGCAUCAGUUCUGUUACAUCACUGUCAGACGUUUUAUAACAUGAUGCAGGUCACAGGAUGAAAACAUUUACCAAAAUUCUCACCGAGUGUUUACUGGAAGCACCUGAGAUGCUGUCCGAAAACUGCGAUGUUAAUAACUUCAUGUCAGCGAAUCAAUAUCUCAUGUUUAUGACAAGGUUGUCUUUUUCUUGAAACAAGUUUCCAAGGGCUAAAAAUUAAAUAGCCAAAAAUGCUAUUGA